CUCACUCGCACACCAUCACACUCGCUGCAAUGGCCGAAGCCGUGACCAAGACCACUCCCGCCGCUCGUCAAGUCGACGCAGCCGACGACAGCACCAGCGAGCACAUGCAGAACGAGGUGGGUAUACGUCUGUCUGCUGAGCGUCUGGCUGCCUGCCUAGCGGCGAUGUCUCACAUUCCGCUUAUAUCGAGGCCACUAUGAGUUGCACUCGAUAUGGCCUCUCCGCCAUCUCCUUGAGCCCCGUUCCGCCCGACCCUCACCACUGCCGAAUCGCCCCUCCCCGUCUCCUACAGCCGACGCGCUAACCACAGCUCGCGUUCUACAUGUCCUACCACUCCAACAAGACGAACCAGCUCAUCCACUUCCUCUUCAUCCCCCAGAUUCUCUGGUCCUCGCUUAUCAUGCUGGCUCACAUCAACAUCCCCGGCUUCACCUACAUCGACCUUGGAGAGUAUCUGACAUUCCGCCCGAACGUGGCUCUCAUCCUCGCCCUCGUCUUCCAGAUCUACUACAUCACCCUCAAUGAGGUCGUCGGCGCGACCUACCUCCCGGUCAUGACCACCAUGUACCUCACCGCGACAUACCUGGCCAACCACAUCCCCUCCUGGCUGCCGUGGCAGUACGCGUUCGGCCCUGUGGCCAGCGCACUGCCCUUUGGCCUUGCGGUCUGGCUCAACGGCUGGUUCUGGCAGUUCCUCGGCCAUUUCGUGUACGAGGGCCGCGCACCGGCGCUCUUUGACAAUCUUACCCAGGCACUCGUCACCGCACCGUUCUUCGUCCAGAUCGAGGCUCUCUUCUACCUCUUCAACUGGCGCCCGUCGCUCCACAAGCGUAUCCGCAACCUUGCCAGCCAGCGCAUUGUGGCCAUGAACAAGGCCAAGCGCGAGAAGGGCAAGAAGGUGCAGUAGAAGGAGUUGGAACGCUGAGAUGGAUGUGUUGAUGUCGCU